AAUAGUUCAAUAGAAGAAUGCGAGCGACUAAUGGAGCGGAUUAUGGAACUAAAGCCGCAUAACGUGAUGGACACCCUAUCCCUCAAUAACGCCAAACAAAAUAUCCUUCUAUUGACUCAACCAUUGGCUGACAUCGCGAAAAACAUCGGCGAUAAUCAAAAGCAAUGUGAGAUACAUAAGCGCCGUAUACGUGAGCACAAGGGCUCCAUCGAGGAACUGGAGAAAGAGCUAUACAUCCCGUCCGUUGAAAUAGUGUCGACUCCAUUGGACAAACCUGUAACAGUGUGUGGGCACAAAAACUGUUGCGAAAUAUUGAAUGUGACAGGCAACAUUAAAACACAUUACAAAACCUAUUGUCACUCACCAUGCUACUUAAACUCGGACGAUGGUAAUGUGGUGGGUAAUACAGGCUUGUUGGAUUGUAAGGCGUUUAAUAAGUACGAGCGAACUGGUCCAGAUAGUUAUUUCGAUCCUAGCGAAUUCCAUCCUGAUAAUGAUUUGACGACUGAUUCCGAUGGUAAGGUUCCAGGUCAUCGUGCCAGACGCAGUCAAUCUGAAGAUUGUAAUAAUUGUGGUCAUAGUUAUCAGGUUCAUUUGCAUACAAACUACGAAACACAAAUAAGGAACAUCAAAUUAGUUGACAAGACUAAAUUGACAAAGAUCACUAAUGAUAAGGAGAAAGUAGAGGCAAAGGAGUCUAAAAUCAAGGAACUGGAGGCUAAAAUGAGUGAACUGUCUCAAGAAACCCAAACUAUUAGCAAAUGUAUGGCUCGAUUCGCGUGUUUCCUUAAACACAACGCUAUGACCCCUUUCAACGACGCGUUCGGCGAUUAUGUCAAGUAUUUGAUAGAAAACGAGAAAAGAGGCGGAAGUAUAGCCGAAAAGGACAGUCGGCUAACAGUGCAAAAGUUGGAGGAGGUGCUGGACAGGUAUAACAGGGAAAAGAAGAUAAUAUUGAAAGAGAUGGAGAGGACUGGCCCGAGAAAGUCCGAGAUAUCGGUGAAGGAUAUCGAGGAGAGUAUCCGUGAAUUGUGUCGAUUGAAACACAGCGGCGGAGACAUUAGGAAGAUGUUGGACGUCCAAAAGCAGUCUAAAGCCCAGUGCCAUCAAUACGCCAAAGUGGUGGUUAAUGAGUUACCUAGAUCAUCGUGGUUGUCAAGAAAAAAAAUGAAGCCUACAAGUGGAUACGUGAUGGUGACCCUGGCCAUUUUGCUGUUAACAGGCACUCCAGACAAGGUAGAGAGUGGGCCAAUUGCGGCCUCCCUGUGCAUCGCCGGAUGUCAACUAGCGUUGGGCGGGUGCGCCGCCUGUGGAGUGGCCGCUACAACCGUGACUGUCGGAGCCGCGGCACCGGCUGCUGGGAUUGCGUGUACUAUCGCGUACACGGCGUGUGUGGGCGCCGGUACUGCUACGACGCAAGCAGUCAUC